UGUACAAUGUCUGAUUGCUACAAUGACAAUAAAUAAUUUGGUUUGAUAUAUAAUCUACUUUUUUAAAACAAUUAGAUACCUGAAUGAAUGCAAUAUUUAAACAAUCAUGUGUGGUUCAGUCCUAAUGAUGUUGCUCCUUUUCCAUUAACCUGGCUGUGGUCACAGGUUUGUGUAAAAGUUAAUAUGGUUGCCCUUUUAAAUUUUGUACCAAGAAUCUUGAUCUCAUAGUGGAUUCUUUUGAACUCUUUUAAAGCACAAUAGAAAUGAGGUGGGGGGAAAAGGCUUUCGAAACAGAUGAUCAGAAUGAUGAAAAGAGCUCAGUAAAUGAGAUAAUAUGUGCUAAUAUGGCCCUAAAUUGACAUCUAAAGAUUUUUUAAUAGAGUAACAUGCAGUGUAGACCCUGAGAUCUGUUUUGAAAUAUAGAACAUUUAUGCAGUAACCCAAUCAUAAAAUGACAUUUAAAACAAGACAAAGUGCUGCAGUACUAUUAAUAUUAGUCUUAUUUAUAUGCAUGUGGUUCAUUGGGUAGUGAGUGGCAUAUUUUAAUUUGCGUUUUUCAACUUGCUUUUUAAAUUGCCCCAGAUAAAUCCCCAGGUGUCCCCUUCAUUGCACUGAUCAGUUUGCAUUUUUGAUCCCGCAUUAUUCUCCAGUUUUCACUGUUAAACGCCCUAUAUUGUGCAUGUUCUUGACGGCACUAUAUAAAAUGUACCAACAUUGGCAUAGACUCAUUCCAUUUUUACCUAUUUUAGUUCACCUUAUUACAGCAAUAUUGCCCCGCCCCCCAUUCCUACCUAGAUAGAUGAAUCCUGUUUGUUUGGUUUUUUUUUAGAUUACAGAAUCCGUCUUUUAACUUUCACCCCUGUUUUCCACUUGGUACAAUCUACUAGAUGAACACGGCCGAGUGUGUGUUGGGGAUCCCCGCCCUCUCUGUGCCAAGUCGAAUUGUGAGGGGCGCCUUAGAGCCGGUGAGCGUCACUCGGGAGUCGUCUCAGUUCGCUAGACUACACGUCUGCCUCUGGCCUCAGUUUCACUCGUGCAGAUUAGCGGCGCUGCCAGGGGCCGGAGUUCAUGGGUAGACACAACUAAUCCAAGCACAAGCAAAUGCUCGAUUUGGAGCAAACCUACUCAAUCGGCAAUCUAAUUUGCUGGUAGGAAUUAAAGUGAAAGCUCCAAAUGAGACUGAUCAUGGGCAGCAGACGGCGUGACAGCCAGAGGCUCUGCUCAAUUGAGCGCACCAGUAAGCAGCUGUCAAAGGGACUUGGGCCGAAGGAGCUGUCCAGUACUGAAAACGCAGGUAAAUCAAUGCAAUCGCUACCAGCAUGGAUGCGCCUCUACUUCUACGGAAUGCACGGGAUUACACUGGACAUUGUCAUUUCUUCCAUGCAGAGGUUUUUGAGCACCACAGAUUUCAAAAUGCUGGGGUUUUCCUCGCCUUAUCUUUGUCUUGUCCACUGCGUGACUCACUUCGCGCUGGAGAAGAUCUAUUUACAGAAGAAAAUCUUCCACGGUCGUCCCGUUGUUUUUCAUUUUAUUUUUUACCCGUCGGUGUACGUCGGCAUGCAGAUCUUGGUGGGGAAAGCCACCGGCUCCACAAAUGACGUUAAGAGCGCGUCCGCGGCUCACCUCGCCGUCCAGUACCUCAUGGCGCUCUACUAUUCAGAAGUGUUCCUCAAGAGGUUCCUGCGACUGCAGUAUCACGGCGCGGCCAAGGAAAGUCCGGCCGCGCUGCUCCAAAGGGCUUCCCAAGGACUGCCGGACAUCGUGCGCUUCGCCUUCUUCGGCAUGCACGGCUUUAUGGACGAAGUCUUUUUCACUUCUUUUUUUAACCUGGUGGAGAAAGCUGACCGAUCUCUGAUCGGCCACUCGUCCCUGUGGUCAUUUUUAAUGUACGGGAGCUGCAGUUUCGUGGUGGAAAAGCUCUAUCUGUACCUUCAUUACAGGCGAGGCUGGGGAGCCUGGAAAAGGCUGCCUAUUUAUAUCAUUUUUGUUUACGCCUGGGAAUUUUCCUGGGGAUUAGGACUCCGGCAGUACAACGCUUGUUCCUGGGAUUACUCGCACUAUCCUUUGAAUUUUAAAGGACUCAUCACGUUAAUGUAUCUCCCCGGCUGGAUUUGCCUCAGUUUGUACCAGGAUAUGCUUUCUAAUGUCCUGCUUCGCGUCGAAUGGUCCAAAGGCAAAAGCUCGGUGGGUACCGCAAAUGGCCGGUGGUGAAGGGGGAGAAGACGAAGGCCUGAGGAAGACUGUGACAAACAUGGGGAACACAGUUGCCGCUGCUUUAAAAAGAGUGUUUAUCGUAAGAGCCAAAUAGUCAUUGUUUGUAUUACCAGCCAUCGUCUGUAUUUCCGUGUUAUCGCUUCCUUAACUCCGAUACCAUUUUAAACCGAGCACAUGAUUCGGCCAGCAGUAGAAAUCGCCUUUCUUAACAGAUUUAAUGACCAUUCUUCUCCUUUUUGCACACAGUUACGACGUGUCCUUUUUUCAUGUGAUCUGGAACGUUAAUAUUUUUUUAAUGGAAGAAAUUUAGAAAUUUUCUAAUGUUAUUUUUUGCAAGAAGUCUGGGCAAAUGACAUUCUUACUUGGAGUUAUAAACAAGUGUUAGAACGUGAAGUUACCUAUGAAUAUACAAUUGAUGACAAACUAUUACAAUAACAGACAAUAAUUUUACCUAUGAAAUGUCAUAAUUAGUUUUUAUUUGAUGCCAAAGUAUAAGUUUUAACAAUGCAUCUCAACAAACCACAUUCAAGACUGAACUAAUUGCAUUUAAUUUGGGGGCAGCAUGGUGGCACAGUGAUUAGUGUUGCUACAUCAUAAAUCCAUACUCCUGGGUUUAGAACCCUGUGUGGAGCUGGUAUGAUCUCCCCAUGUUUGUGCAGGAUUUUCCAUACACAACCACCCACCAAAAACGAAAAAAAAAAAAUUAAGUUAACUGGAAAAAAUAAACUGGACCAGUGUUAGUGAGAGACAGUGAUUCUUGAGGGUAAAUGCCUUUGUAUGCCCAAGGCUGCUAGGAGAGCAGUAGCUCUAAAAAUUAAUAUGUAUAGUUGACUUGUAAAACAUAUAAUUUUAAACCACCCCUUUCAGGAUUGAUUCAGUGCUUCCAGAAAUUAAAAAAGUAUUAAAGUUAAUUUAUUUUUUAACCCAAUAUCUAUGGUCGUAGAAGCUAGAUGCAGCCCAAAGUGCAAGAAAAGAAGCAAGCCUGGACAUGGCAAAAUGUGUAAAAUAUUUUCAUUAAAAAAAUUCUAAAUAUAUUUUUAGACUAAGCUAUAAAGCCUUAAAAUACAUCACACUUGUAACUGUGUAAUGAACACACUGAGGUUUAGAAAAUAGAUGGGUGGAUGGAUGGAAAACAUCAUCAAUUCCUUUAGUAAUAACCAUAGAGUACUAAUUAGUACAACAUAUUAGCACUAGGAUACAUUACAUGUUAAUCAUCCUACUUUAGUUUGUCUUCCUCAUGGUGAUCUGUUUUUGUAAAGCUCUCCUCCUCUUCUGUGCUGAUGGUGAGGCCCAACUUUGACUUAAAGAGCGCUCAAGUCAGGAUCACAUUCCUUGCUCACUUUGCGAGCCCAGGCAGGCUGCUUAACUUGCCUACAGUCUGAAUGUAAGAUGACGUAGCACUGUAAAAUGUUUUAUUAUACAUUCAGGAAACAGCACUUUUGAAAGACGUUUUAUUGCAAAACAGCUUAGUAAAUAAAGCAACUUUAAUAUUUACUAAUGUUUUCAUUAUCAAAUGUACUCUUUCAUAAUUAGUAAUUAAUGAGUAGGGAAAACCAGAAACAUUCUCAGUUUUAGACUGUUUUGAAAUUUCAGCCUUAUACGAGAUGUUAAAUAAUCUAUAUAGAAAAUUAAAACAACAAAAUAUUGUGAUUCAAAAGCUUCACUAGGUGAAUUUCACUAAAUUCUAAUAGGUGUUUAGUUCAAGUCUAAUGAAGAAUCAAUACAUCUACUGUCUUAUAAAUAAAUAUAGUAUACAAGGUUUAUAUUUUACUGUGAUAUUAUAAUUUUUGUGCACUAUGUAACAUGAUCAAACUGAUUUUGCACAGCAGACUAACUCUUACAUUUCCAUUCCAUAAUACAGUAGAUCAUUGACACAAGUGUGCACCUACACUAAUGCAGGAUGUAUAGUUUCAAAACAGAGCACUGUUUAAAUGAAUAUUCUUGAAGUAGAUUUAAUAACAGUAGAAUUUUCUCAAAUUGUGCAGUGUGGGCUGGAGAGUUCAUUAAAAAUGUAGCCAUAUCACACUCAAAAUUGUAGCGCAUUUGUUAUGAAUGCCACUGCCGAUAUGCAACUCCAUACAUACAGUAUAUACAGUUAACGCAGUUUGUAUGCAAUCAUUUUUACUGUGCUAUAUACAUAACAUGACAACACUGAUUGUAUUGUUUCAUAAAUAUUUUUUACAUUUGUUUAUUGAGAAUCUAUGUUUGUACUAGGCAGUAGGCUUUUAACUUUUAAGAAUAGUAAAUGGGUCUCUUGCACAAAUAUGGAUUUUACUCAUUUACAUUCCUGCAGAAUAACUUAUUUAAGCAUAAAUGCGUUCAUAAAGUAAAUGUAUAUGACUUGACAAUAUACAGUUUAAUAUUUGUUUUAUGUUGUUGAAUCACAAAGUUGUCUUAUUAAAAUGAUAAAACAACAGAAUGAUUAGUAUCAAUACAAAAAAUGGAUUUUGGCGCAUGUUGACUUGAAAGGCUUUGCCAGAAAAUACUACACUUCCAAAUAUUACACUAUUCAACUAAGCAAUACUUUUUAUGGCACUGACUUUUUGAUGAAUUUAUCUAGCCAUAUUUAUUACCUUUUCACAUUACUGACUGAAUUUCAAUUUACAAUAGAAGUUUUACUACUUCUCCAUACCUUUUUGAAAAUAAAAUAUAUCAGCAUUUAAAUCAAAUAGGAAAUGUGUGCUUUGUGUCUUUUUUUUUUUUGUGGUCACAUCUGCAACAUUCAAUAGUUUUAUUUUAAAUGCUGUCAUCAUUAGGCUAAGGGUCUGCGCUGGUAUCUAGAUGGUUGCUGGUUUGAAUCCCUGUUACUGCCAAAAGAGAUCCUACUCUGAUGAGCCCUUGAGCAAGGCCCAUAACCUCCAAUUGCUCCAGGGGUGCUGUAAAAUGGCUGACCCCUGUGCUCUGACGCCAAGGGGUGUGCAAAAACUAACAAAUUCCUAAUCUAAGAAACUGUAUAAGGCAAAAUAUACACACACACAAUAAAUAUAUUUAAAAUUACUUAAUUUUCCAGAAGCAUUAUAAAUGAAAAGUACUCAAUCACAUUAAUUAACUUGACAAUGAUUAAAUGUUUUAAAAUGUUGCCCUAUCAAUUUUUCAUUAAACUGCAAUAAUUUAGAGAUAACUUCGAAAACUCAUGAAACUGCUGAAACAAAUACUCAGCAAGUAAUUUUCAUAAAUAGUAAUGUGGAUAACUUCUAAUAGUUGAUUUAUCUCCUCUGGAGCUUUCUAAACACAUACACAUAAACACACACAGUCACUAACACGUUUCCUACACGUGAUUGAGAUCUGGGGAAUUUGGUGGCCAAGUCAUUACUUUCAA